GCUCCAUGCCCAAUCUAUUUUCCUGUUCAUGCUAUAAUUACAUAGCAGUGUUACUGCUGUGUUUCGCCGUUAUCGGUGGCCAGGCAGCGUUUGAAGCGUCCAUGUCAUUUCCCUUUGGGAUCGAAUCUUUCACUCCUGGAAGUAUUUCAUGGACAGGAUGUCCCUCUAGCGUACAUACCUUGACAAUCUUUCUUGCCGAGGGAAAGAGCACCGAUGAACUAACAGUAGUUAACGCUUUCAACGGCCAUUUCCAACCCUCUGCUGGUAGAGCAAUGGUCGAAGUGCCUUCCAUUCCAUCGGCGUCCAACAAUUACUAUUUCGUCCUUGAAGGCGAUGAUUCGCCUCCCUCACGUACCGCUAUCGGUCCUUUCUCGGCCCAAGAAGGAACCAAUGUGUUUGAUAAAGGAACCGACAAAAAAGGAUCUGCUAUCAGCAUUGCUCCAGCGGCAACCACCACCAGCGCAACUGCCGCUCCGUCUUCGAAAGCCUCGGCUACCAACGCCAAUCCAAACUCAAGCUCCGACGAUGAACCCUCAUCUCGUAUGCCCUCCGCUGCCCCUGUACCUACGUCUUCUGUGAACGAUGAUGAGCAUGGAUACAGAACCUCCUCUGGACCCGGCGGGAUAGGCACCGGCGCCAUUAUUGGAAUUGCCGUAGGAGGAGCAGCUUUCGUAGCUAUUGUUGGCUUGAUUUAUUACUGCGUUGCACGUCAUAUCUGGCGAUCCGCCAUCAAGCCUCUGAUAGCACCAGAAUCAGGCCCUAGACAGCAGAACGCUCCCAACUAUCCAUCACCUCAAGCCACGAAUGGAAGCCCAAUUCAGGAAACGAUCCAAGUCAACCCUGUCAAGCCAUUGCCCACCUAUUCAUCGACGACCGCACCUGCCGCGGCUUCUCCUGCAACUUCACCUGCCGUACCUUCCGUGACCAUACCAUUCAGCCCUACAACAGAGAUUCCCGGACAUACUGCUCAUACCGCCCAGACCGAUUCAUAUCCGUACAAUUACACUGCGAAUUAUCAAUACAACAUGCAGCAGCAAUAUCAGCAACCUCAGCAACCGCAACUGCCCUCGUACUAUCCUGCAGAACCUUAUCCUCCUGUUGAAGUCAACAUGAUGCAGUCACCUACGGAAGUAUAUCCGCCUAGCCAAGUGAACAUGUCCCAACAACCGCCUGAAAUGUAUCCACCUGUGCAAGUCAAUAUGACACAGUCUCCUGCCGACCAAUUCAGCUAUGGCAAUUCUGGAAUGACGAUGCCUCAACCGUACAGAAUGUCUAAUGCUCCCAUGGGCAUCACCUAUGCCAUGCAAUCCUCCAACGGACCGACAUCCCCAGCCGCCAUGUCUCCCACGCAACCGUCUCAGCAAAAUGUAAUUCUAUAUCCUGCAAACUACAGUACCCAAAUGGGAGAAUCCCCAGUAUACACUCAGAAGCCAGACCAACAGUUUACCACCGGAAAACCCGAUGAAGCUGCCUACCACUCUAAACCUCAUGUUCAGGACUAAAAAUUCAUCAUUACGACUCCAAACAAUCAUAAAAUCAAG